AUGUCUAAUGUCCAGUUCAGAAAUCAGAGGCAAAAGAAAAAAUCAGAAGUGACUCAUUUUCUUCCCACAUUGCCAGUAAAGAGAUGUAAACCAAUAUGGAGCCAAAACACUCCAUUGUUCAAUGUGUCUGGUAGAAUAGAUGAUGAUACAGAAGAGAAGAUUGAUCUUAUUAAAGAAUUAUCACCUCAAGAACCUAAAAGAUGGAAGUACCCUCCAUCAAAAAAGGGUGAAGAUAUGUCUUCAGCCUUAGGACAAUUAGGGAUGCUUCACAAACCAAAAAAAGACCGCGAAAAUUUCCGAAAGUCAUUGGUUGAUAUUAUUCUGCAAGAAGACAAAUCAAAGAAGCCAAACACAUCAAUCCAUGAAGGAGGACUGCCUCCCAUACAUGCAACUUCAGUACCAACCAGUGUGGAGAAAGAUAUCUUGCGAUAUUACUAUUAUAUUCAUAAUGGAAUUGAUACAGAACAUGUUGCACCAAUGGAAAAUUUGUGGCUACAAAAUGUUUUUAAAUUGGUGCCAAAGAAAACUCGGGAUGGUCAUGAAAUAACAAUUGAAAACCUUUCUGAUGAAAUGAGAGAAGAUUAUCUUUUGAGUGUGAAAAAGGCUAUUGUUGACUUUGUGUUGAAAGAUCCCCGGGAAAAAGAUGAUAAAAAAGAAGAAAAUAUACUAUCUUCUUCUUCUUCUUCUUCUUCUUCUUCUUCUUCUUCUUCUUCUUCUUCUCCUCCUCCUUCUAUGUGA